AUGGCCAUCCUUCGACCACGCGACAUCAGGCCCAUGGCCAUGUCGCUUGUGACCGACAGUGACUCGUUCAAUGAGGGGAUCGUCCGCUCCAAAGUACUGGCUAUCUUGUCCGAUAUUCGCGCGUUUCAACUCCAAUACAACCAGAAUAGUCUCUCCGUUCACUCCCUCCGUGCAAAUGUUUCGGUUCAAAAAGAUUCUAUUCAAAAAUAUGCGCGGAUUCUUCACAAGGUUAUCCAGAAAAGAAAAGAUGUCUUUCAAAGCCUCGCUCGUGCUCGUGCAGAAUACGAAGGAGAGGUUUCCACUCAAUGCCAGUUACGCGAGGAACUUACGCAGCUUCGGGGGAUGGUAUGGAUAGCCUUUUCCUCCACUAUUCAUGCUCAAAUAUUUGGGGUAGCUGCGCGCAACAGCCACCACACCGCCCAAAACACCUCCCAGUACGCCACCUUGUGUUUGGAUCUGCUUCCAGCUCCACCGGCCACAAGCGUCAUCGAAUCGACGGUGAAUGCAGUGAGGAACAAGAUGCCUUUCGAUGCAGAAAGAUGUUACCAGGAGCAAAACAAUGCUCUUAGCACGCGCGAACCGAACUCUCAUUCUCGUUUGCUUAUCGUAGUCGCUCUAAUUACACGCAUCGUCCCAAUCUACAUGUGCCACCAUCCUGCAAAUCUGACAAAGCAAACAAUCUUGGGUCGAUUUGUCCGUGAAGGUCUCUCCAGCCUGCAUCUUCGUUACUAUCGGCUCAUCAUGUCGCAUGUGCAGAGUCGUCAUGCUACAAGAGGGAAAGCGAGGAGCGCGGAGUUGCAUGCCGAGGUCUGCGACGCCGCCGGGAGAACUCUGGAGGGUUGGGGCUGUUGUUAUGGAGCUCGGCCCAUGAUGAUUACCUCUGGCAUCAAUGCGGGACAAGAGAUGCACUCAGAGAGAGAUAUGAUCUACGUCGUUAGCUCGGUUGUCGUCGAACGCUCACCUCUUGACGAUGUGCCAGCUAUUCGGACUUUCUCCCCUCUCUCAAUCAUGGAUUCUGCACUCUACGAGAGUUUCAAAGCACGUAUCCUUGUGGAUAUUAGGGAUCACGUCGACCAGGCCUACGACAAUCUACGGGAGGAGGACGCUAAACAAGACGAAGAGAGCAAUAACAUCAAGCAGUCGGUUAUGAUAGUAGCGCAACAGGCGUCCGCUGCAAUCCAACGAUGUGUGUAUUCAUUGCCUCUUUCAUUAGGAAUUUCAACUAUUUUCAUUCCCCUUUCAUUAAUUAAUGGUCAGGUGUAUUCAUUGCCUCUUUCAUUAGGAAUUUCAACCAUUUUCAUUCCCCUUUCAUUAAUUAAUGGUCAGGUGUAUUCAUUGCCUCUUUCAUUAGGAAUUUCAACCAUUUUCAUUCCCCUUUCAUUAAUUAAUGGAAUAUUGGAUGCUUUCAUUGUACUUUUCAUAAUUAAUGUUGUGUGA